CACCAUCACGAUCAUCGGUAGAUUCGAGCAUUGUAGACAGAGUUCGAGGCCAGCAAAUCCAUCAACACCACGGAUCACACCAUGAACCGCUCCCAAUACGUUCAUCAGACUGCAUUCCCACCGAGCCCGUACAACCCACAGUCUUAUGGCGCAGUUCCCCAGCCCUCCCAGAUGCAGGGAAUGGCACCUCAUCCCAACGCAGUGCCUCAACCGGGGUACAGCAACCCUACACCCAGCAUCGGCCAGUCCCCAAUCCAACCUUCAGUCUCGCCCAACACAAUGUGGACGGCAAACUUCGCCAACGGCCCCAUCAUCGAGGACCUGUGCGCUCCGCCUCCACCAAUGGGCAUCUUUUCAGCCUCACCUCCCAUGAACGCUUUCCCACCAGGUAUGGCCAUGGGUCCGAUGCACCCAGGCUCCAUGCCGCAGGUCCAAACCGUCUACGGCAUCCGACAUCACCCAUUCGCCGUCCCUGGCAUGCUCCCACCUGGUCAGGGCGCGCCAAUGCAAGGCAUUCCUUCGACAAGGGUUUUGGGUACAUACCCGCCCUACACGGGCCAGCAGCACGGCUAUGCCUACCCCGGUCGGCCGAUGGAUCCCAGCAUGAACGCGAUGCUGGCCCGGCCGAGGUUGGAGACGGGGUUUCCGCAUGCGGUACCUCCUGCUCCGCCGGGGAAUGCAGCGGGUAUGGGGCACAUGAGCUCGCCUCAUAUGGAGGGCAGUCCCGGUGGUGAUGCGAUGCCGCCUCUGACGCCCGUAGAGGAGGCCUUGAGGGAGUUCCUGAGCCCGGAUUUGGGGGAGUUGGGUCGUUCUUGAAUGGUUACGUCAGGAUAGGACAAUGAAUCGGGCUCUUCAUCACUUUAAACGCA